AUGUAUCAUUCUGCAGAUAUACACAUUAAGGAGUUGAGCAGGCGUGCUUCAGGUCAAGCAUUUGAGCUCAUCCUGAGCCCCACCUCCCCUGAUGCAAAAGUGCAAUUUCCACUUAGCCCUGUCAUGAAGAAGGAAACCUCGCUGGAUGAGAUUAUCAAGAAGCUGGAUGCUGCUGAUGAGAGACGCAAGAACCACGAGGCUGAGGUGCUGAAACAAUUGGCUGAGAAACGAGAGCAUGAGCGAGAAGUGCUUCAAAGGGCCUUAGAUGACUGUAGCAACUUAAGCAAGACCACUCAAGAGAAGAUAAAUCAGAAGAUGGAGGCAUACAAAGACAACCGCGAAGCGCGAUUGGCUGCUCUUGAUAAGAAAUUCAAAGAUAAGGACAAGAAGAUUGAAGAAUUGAAGAAGACAAGGUCCUAA